AAUAACGCUGAUGGUGCGAUGUAGAGAAACCGCCGCCGCCCUUCUGUUGAGAUCCGUAGAAGCCGCCGCAACCAGGGAGUGAAGGGGCCUGCGACAUGUCCGUCCUCCCAGCGGCCAGAAGAGCCGUGCCAUGGUCGCCGGCGGUCGAGAAAAGAUGCCCGACUUUGGAGAUCUUCGGGAAGCCCGCGGAGGAGUUGGAGGACGAGUUGAUUGUCGGUCACGGCGGCGGUGUCAUGAGAGGCAAUAAUGAGAUUGGACACUUCAUCGGUGACCGUCGAAAGGAUCCAUCCUUGAAGAAGGGCAUCAAAUUGGACCCAUUCCGUGUCAUUGUCACCGGAGGGUUUUGUGUCGCCGGGUCUCUUAAAGGUAUUUCUUCCCUACCCUGGUGCAUACUUGAUGAUUUCAAUGAUAUUUUAUCUUUUGGAGACAAAAAGGGUAGGAUCCAACAACCGGGAUGGAGAAUACAAGGUUUCCGGGAGGCUGUUGAUUUUUGUGAGCUGCAUGACUUGGGCUUCACUGGAAAUAAGUUCACUUGGGAAAGGGGCCGAGAUACACCGAAUUGGGUCUGUGAGCGACUGGACAGGGGGUUUGGGACACACCGAUGGAUGCAAUUGUUUGAUAAAAUCCAUAUGGAGCAUGUCGAAACUGUGUACAGUGACCACUCAGCUCUGUUUCUCACUGCGAGUAGCAACCGGAUAACAUAUGUACCAAAAGCCUUCAGGUUUGAGAAUGCAUGGCUUAAAGAAAUUGAUGUGCGGGAGGCGGUUGAGGAGGCUUGGAAGCUAGGGAAUGGGAGACCAAUUGUGGAGCGUAUGAACUAUUGUGGGGAGUACCUUCAUCGUUGGGGCCAACAAAAGCGAAAUAUCUUCAAAGCAAAGUUACAGGCCAGUAAAAAGCAGAUGCAAAAGUACCGUAACAGCCACGCAAUAGAACAUCGCUAUUUUUUCCGAUGUGCCCAGGAAGCCUACAAACAGGUGUUGGAGCAGCAAGAAAUGUAUUGGAAACAACGAGCUAAACAACAUUGGUUGACUUCUGGAGAUCAGAACACACGAUACUUCCACCUCUCUGCAUCAGGGCGAAAGAAGAACCACAUCACACAACUACAGAAUUCAGAGGGGAGAUGGGUAACAGCAGACAGUGGUAUGCACGACCUAAUGAGGGCUUACUUUGAGGAUCUAUUUAAGGCAUCGCCAGGAGAGACACGGUGCAUCUUGGGCACAGUGAACAAGAGGAUAACAGAGGCACAAAAUCAGAGACUUUGUGUACCAGUAGUGAAAGAGGAGGUGAAGCGGGCUGUUUUUGGUAUGCACCCGGACAAGUCCCCAGGACCGGAUGGCUUUAAUCCUGGUUUUUUCCAAGCCUUUUGGGGAGUUGUUGGGGAUGAUGUUACACAAGCAAUAAUGGAUUUUAUGGAUCGUACAGGCGAGGCUCCAGGAGGGAACAAUACUAAUAUUGUGUUGAUUCCGAAAAAGAAAGUGCCUUGUACGAUGGGGGAUCUCCGACCGAUAUCCCUAUGCAAUGUUAUUGAUAGGAUUGCUUGCAAAGUUAUGGCUAAUAGAAUGCAACAUUGGUGUGGAAAUAAUGCUAGCUUUGUUUGGCGAUCCAUUUUGGAAGGGCGACGCAUCUUGGAGAAGGGCUGUAUACGACGGAUCGGGAAUGGGGAAACAACAAAGCUGCUGGCUGCACCUUGGCUUUUGAGAAAGGAAGACCCAUAUGUUCGUUCGUGCCUUGCAGAGGAGUUGAACGAGGUCUUGGUGUCGGCUUUUAUCGAUCCAGGUACUCGAAGAUGGGAUAUGGACUUACUCCAGACACUGUUUAGCGUGGAGGAAGUCCAAGAGAUAUCACGUAUUCCAUUGGGCCUGUACAGUCGAGAAGAUGCAUGGAUCUGGAGAGACGACCUCAAAGGAUUGUAUUCAGUGAAACAUGGCUACCGAAUGAUGUACGAAGAGAGGUGGUCAGGGACAACUACAAACAACGACAUGUGGGCGUUUAUUUGGAAAAUGCAGUAUGGGAGUAUGGUUGAAUGGUUUGAGGAGGUUUGCCGAACACUCACAAAGGAAAGGGUUCAACAACUUUGUAUGGUUUUAUGGGAGGCGUGGCAACAACGGAAUCAACUUGUUUGGAAGAACAGAAGCUUGAGCAUAACCUUUGUGGCGGAAAGAGCUAUCCGAGGACUACAAGAGUGGCAAGCAGCACGCCCCGGGUCCUUAGAAGCCCGAUUGGGGUCGGGGGACCGGAUGCAUAAAUGGAGAGCACCGGUGAGAGGGGUCUUAAAGUGCAAUGUGGAUGCAAGCUUUAACAUACGUACAAGUGUGGCCCGAGUUGGAGUGGUGGUGCGGGAUGAUCAAGGAAAUUUUUUGCGAGGAGCUCACUUCGGACUAGGGCGGCUGGAAGAUGCACAAAUGGCUGAAGCAACAGGACUCCGGGAGGCAUUGAGGUGGCUUAGGAUGCCGGUUGGACAAAUGAAUCUAAGUGUCGAGAUCGACAGCGAGAGGGAGCAUGGGGAUCUGACCAAGUUCCUCACCCGGUGGAAGGAUGAAGUUGACAAAGUCGAAGAGAUGGACGAUAAAACCGCCAUGUCCCUCCUGGUCUCCGGGCUCCGUUCCGGGGAGUUAUACAAGGAAUUCUGUAGAAGGCCUCCUCAAUCUUACCAAGAGGCCUUCAAUACGGCCUGGGACUAUUCAGAUGCUGAAGCUCAAGUCUCUUCCAAGAGGGAAGCUGUGCAAGGUCCCCAGAGGGGAAGGAGUGCAGUGAAGAAGGAAAUUGAUUUACCCGGCAGGGUAAAAACGGAAGUAUUGGAGGUGAAGUCGGAGAAGAUGGAAAAGAAACCAACAGGGGAGAAGCAGUGGACGGAAAAAUACUGCUCCUUCCACAAAACUGACACCUAUAACACGACCGAGUGCAAUAGUGUUAAAGGGGUGAUAAAGCAGAUGAUUGAGGCCGGGGAACUUGGCCAGGAGUACCUUUCCCAGGCAAAACAAAAAAAGAACCAAUGGGUUCGGCCUGAAGCGCAACCGGCUGAUCAAAAUAAGAAGAAGAAAGCAGCCGGUAAAGAGCAUGUGAAGAUGAUCUACGGUGGACCGGAGGGAGGAGAUUCUGCUUUUCAAAGAAAGAAGUGGGGGCGUGAACUCUAUGUGGGUUCAGUCGCCUUUGACCCCCGGCGGAAGCAAACCAGGCGGGAGCCAAUCACCUUCAACGACCGGGAUCUUCCCAGCACCGGGGAAGAUCACAGUGACCCUUUGGUCAUCACGAUGGAUAUGGGAGGAGUUGAUGUCUCCCGGGUACUCGUUGACACCGGCAGUAGUGUCAACGUUUUGUACCUAGAGGCCUUCGAGAAACUUAAGCUGUGUCGCACACGGCUUGAGCCAUUAAAAACUCCCAUGUCCGGGUUCAUAGGAGAUUCUAUAGAAGCUGAAGGGACGAUCCUCUUAACAGUCGAGUUGGGCACGGGGGACAAGGUCGUGCAAAAGCAAAUGAGGUUCGUGGUGGUGAACAUCAAAUGUGUUCACAAUGCCAUCGUGGGCCGGCCAGUAAUCAACAAAGUCCGUGGAAUCAUCUCCAUGGCCCACUUAUGCAUGAAGUUCUAUACACCGGGCGGUAUAGGACAAGAGGUGGAGAAAGAGGAAGACCGGAUGGGGUUGGAACCGGGCGAAGAAACGGAGGAGAUUGUUCCCAGGGAGACAUUCCCGGAAAAAAUGGUGAGGAUUGGCCAGGACUUACCCGAAGGACUUCGAGAAGAGAUCAUCUCAGUCCUCCGGGAGUAUGCUGACAUAUUCUCCUGGAGUGUGGCGGAUUUGCCGGGCAUUGACCGUUCUAUUAUAUGCCACCAGUCGCCUGUAAUAGAAGGCGAUAACAGAGAUGAGGUCGCCCAGUUCCUUGAAGGACGUCCAGCGACUGACCGGCGGCUGGCAGCUCUGAGCCGUUUCUUGUCCCGGUCAGCUGAAAGAGUCUUACCCUUCUUCAAAGUCCUGAAGAAGGGAAGCACCUUCGAGUGGAGCCGGGAGUAUGAAGAGGCCUUUCAACAGCUAAAAGAGUACUUAGUUUCUGACAUAGUUUUGUCUAAACCCAAGCCGGUUGAGACUUUGUAUUUGUAUCUGGGCAUAUCCCAAAAUGUUGUAAGUUUUGUUUUGAUAAGGAAUGAAGAUGGCCAGAGGCCUAUUUACUAUGUGAGCAAAGCACUUAAUGGGGCAGAAAGCCGGUACACUGCUAUUGAAAAGACAGCGUAUGCACUUUUUAUAACGGCCACAAAACUGACCACAUACUUCCAAGCCCAUGCAGUAGAAGUACUGACCGAUCAGCCACUUGGUCUGGUCCUCCAUAGCUCAACUUCUUUGGGAAGAAUGAUCAAGUGGGCAAUAAUGCUCACCCAGUUCAAAAUAGAUUACAAACCUCGAACUGCGAUCAAGGGUCAGGCCCUACCCGACUUCCUGGUUGAACUGACUGGUCUGGAACCUGAAGCGGGACCAUCCCAUACGGUCGAACCGUGGUGGGACAUGGCCCUUGACGGGGCUUCCAGGCCAAAAGGUUGUGGGGCCGGGAUAGUUUUCACUACUCGUGAAGGAUUCAAGAUUUACCAUGCCAUGAUGUUUAACUUCAAGCUCACCAACAACGAAGCGGAGUAUGAGGCACUAGCCGGCGGGCUUAGAUUGGCCUGGGCACUCGGUAUUAAAAGGAUGAGGAUUCGGUCAGAUUCAAGCCUGGUUGUUGGACAGGUUAAUGGAGAAAUGGAGGUCAAAGAAGAACGCCUCACAUGGUAUAGUGAUCUAAGUCGAGCUCUUUUGAGAGAACUGGAGGAGUUCCGUCUGACCAGGAUACCCUGGUCAGAAAACACUGAUGCUGAUAUGAUUUCCAAAUUGAUGCAAUCCUGCCCGGAGCAUGUGUCAAAGUUGGCAAAAAUUGAAAUAUUGGACCUAUCAAGUGUUGACCGGCUAGAAGUUGCGGACGUCCAAGAGGACCAGAGCUCGCCGGUUGGGGUGAUCAAAGCGGACGAAUGCUAGCGAUAUGAUCUCAUGGAAUAUUUAAUGACUGGACGGAAACCGGACGAUGAGGAACGUGCCAGAAAAGUAGUCCUGCGAGCCCCCCGGUUUCAGGUUUUGGAUGGCCAUUUAUACAAACGCGAUAUUGGGGGACCUUUGCUGCGCUGCCUCACUAACCCGGAGGCAGAACGGGUGAGAGCCGAGGUGCACGAGGGUGUCUGCGGCUCUGCGCUGCCCACCAGAUGUCCCGUACACUGGCCUAAAGAAUAAUUCUGCUUGGUUAUU